AUGAGUGUUCUGCUCUUUCUAAGGCCUGUUGUAUGCUCCGACGGAAGUAUGCGGAGAAGGUGCACACGACGGCCGCGACGCAUGAGGCAUAGAGCUGGAGUGCUAGUCGCACUGCUACUGGACAUCCCAAGCUCAACAGAGGCGGGAGAUUCGCCAACACUGUUCCAUAUUCGGCGCCUUCUCAUAUCCCACGGCCUGUUCACGUACACCCGUAUGCCACAACUUGGGCACAAUCUCGUUGUCCCUCGGCGCCGCGCACAGUGCUGA